AUUUCUCUCCUCUUUCUCCAGCGUAGAACUCCGGUCAAACUCCGAUGAACUCGGAUUUAUCCGGCGACUUUCUGUAAGAUAUAAGAAGGUGACGGUGGCUGUGACACCAUGUUGGUUGGAUUUCACCAUAUAAGCAACGUGCUUGUAUCAAUUAUGGAGUGCACCUGAAUUUUUUUGUGGGAAUGGGGCUUUGAAAUUAUAUAGUCUCUCGGCCUAACAAACAUAUAGUUCAAUAGCCAUUGGAUGGAGGUGGCUUUAGAGGCGAAAGAUGCGGGUGAGUGGGUUUACAGAGGAGAAGGAGCAAUUAAUCUUGUUCUUGCUUACAAUGGAUCCUCUCCUGAUUUUAUCGGCAAGGUAUUGCGCAUUCAAAAAGUUUCAAGGAAUGAAUCACACUGUGAAAAGUGUCCUUUAGCUUUAAACAUGCAUGAAUGCCUUCUCUGGAAAGAAACUAAAAACCUUGUAUCAGCUCCUACCAGGGAGAUUGCAGAACAACUGUAUGUGCAGCAUGUAAUGAGCCCAUUGUUGGGUUCUGAACAUGUCGAUGCUGGGAUUCGCAUCCUUGUGUCCCGGGAAUUUCUGGAGGCAGUUGAGAAGAAUGUUCAUUGUCAGCGUCCUUCUUGGCGAGUUGAUGCCGCCAUGGUCAAUCCCCUAUGUGAUUCGGCUCUUCUAAUAUCUGAUCAUGCAUUUUUUCCUCAUGGUAUUCUUAAAGAGAACAUCUGCGUAUCUGUUGAGAUUAAGCCCAAAUGUGGAUUCCUUCCACUUUCGGAAUUUAUAGCAGAAGGCAAUACCAUUAAAAGAAGCACAACACGUUUUAAAAUGUACCAAACCCUGAAAUUGCAGCAAGGAAAGGUAUCAGAAAUAAGCACUUAUGAUCCACUAGAUAUAUUCUCUGGAUCUAAGGACAGAGUACAUAAAGCAGUUAAGGACCUCUUUGCUACCCCUCAGAACAAUUUCAGAGUCUUCUUGAAUGGUUCCCUCAUAUUUGGUGGCUUGGGUGGUGGCGUGGACAGUACUAGUUGUAUGGUGGGUAAAGCAUUUGAAGAUGUCCUCAAGUGCAUCAUUUGGGCAGAAGAUGGAAUGCGUACAAUCAAUUUUCUAGAGCUUGUUGCAGAGGCAAUUUUCAGAUCAGGAUUACUCGAUCGGCUUCUUAAAGUUCAAAAGCUUGAUGUUGUUGACAUAGAAGGGGCAAUUCAUGCAUAUUAUGAUAUUAUUUCUCAGCCUUGUAUGGUAUGUAGAGAAUUAGGUGAAGGCAAACUGUCUGAGAAAUAUACCUCUUUGCAUUCAAUCCCAUUAAAUGAAAGCUUGAAGAUUGUGAGGGACUUUUUAAUAGCUGCAACUGGAAAGGACUUGAGUAUGAUGUAUUGUUUCAGACCUCGGAAAACUGGGGAUUUGGAAUCUCCAUAUGGUGGUGUUCUCCUAGAAUCAACCAAUCAGAGUUUUGAUUGCAAGGUUGUUGGAUGGCUCGGAGUUAGAUUUGGUGUUCGUUGUGGAGUUUGGUGGUUUGAGGUGGUGGCCUUGAUGUGGCAGCAGUUAUGGUGCUUGCGUGUGCCUGUGGAAGAUGAAGAGGAGGAGGAGAUAGAUGGUUUCUGGGCAUCAUUUAUUGAUCUGGAUAUGAAACCAUUGAUGAAGAUGGAAUACUAUUAUGAGUUAGAUCAGCAAAUUGUCAGCUGCUACUCUCAGAAGGUGAAAGCACAGCAUAAACUGGAAAAUGCCACAAGCAUUGCGGAAGUUGCGAAUUUUGAUCAAUCCAAUGUCAUGGAAGAUGCUCCUCAUUCUAGAGAUACUGCUGGUAAUUGGGAGUAGUUAGAAAAAUAGUGUUUCUUAUUGCAAACGUCAGUUGAUUUCCUGUUCUUUUUGCUUUCUUUCAAGUCUACUUCAGAGUCCUGCAACUCAGCAUCUUUAUGAUUCUUACCCUCUAAGCAUGUUUAUAAAACCUACAAUUGUUGUUUAUGGUGUAGCUGUGUUUUUUAAUCUGUUUUCUGUAUUUGUUUAAUAUUAGAUUGACAUAGGCAGUGAGCUUGUUGAGACUUUUCCAGAUGGCUUUGCUUCCUCUUUUUGUAGCCUUCUUAUUUUUUAUUUUGUUCGGAAAGUAUGGCCUUUAUAUUUCAUUUGGCUAUGUGUAAAGUAGACCUUUCUCUCCCUAUAGUUUUCUGCAGAUUGAUAUAAGAGUUUUACCCAUUAUGCCUGUGUCCACAAUUGGUAAAAUGUUGCCUUAUUCAGGGCAUAAUUUUGCUAAAAUCUCUGCUAAACAUCUUUGUUUCAUGUAUGAACGUGCUGUGUUUCGUCCACUAUUAUUUUUUUCACUCAAACCACGCACCAUCUUGAUGCUAUCAGUGACGUCUGGCUAAUCUACUCUACAUCCAAAGGACAGAAGUGAAAAGAAAAGAAACCCAUACCUGCCUAUGCUUUCCAUCUUUUUCCUUUUAAAUCUUAAGUAGUAUCAUAUCAUCAGACAUUUUUAAUUGACAUACUGCUCAAAGCAUGUACAAGUUGAUUACACGAGUUUCUAAUUAAUGGUUUGUCUUUGAUGCUGUAGUAAUGGGAGCCUACUAGGAGACGUAAGGAGAAAGAGACAGAUUAGACUUUUCCUU